AUGUCUUAGAAAAUAGAAUGUCACUCUCCUGGACAAAACUCUCAUGAGGACAUAUCGCUACCUUAGGGAUUCUUAGACGAUUAGAUACUAUCUCCCUCCUUCUAUAUGCCUGAAAAUGAGGAAUUGAAAUACGGGACUCAUAAUAAUAUCCGCAGGACUCUAUUCUAUUCAAUUUUUCGCAAUGUUAAAUAUGUGGAAUUUAAAAGACUAAAAUCAGAGGAUGACUACUUCGAGUUAAAGACGCCUGUAGAGCCAUGGGAUGAGGGCCUCUAUGAUAGAUUUAUGGAGAAGUUUAUCACCAAAGAGAAAUAAAGAGGGAAAUUAAUAGCAGUGUAAAAGUGGGUUGUGAAUAGGAAUGACGAAGGUGAGGGAUUGUAUAGAGUUAAGAUAUAUCAAAUGGAUGAUGAUGAGUUCAGAGAUAAGAUAUAUCCUCAGAGUUAUAAAGAUAUGCUGAGAUACUACUGGUUUAAUAGAAAGCACUUCAGAAUCUUGUGA